AGUCCGGGCGCACAUCUGCUCCUCCUGAUCGCAGUAUGGACUGCCAAACCCUGUAACUCCUCCAGAACACUCAUAUCGCCGUUCUCAUACGGAACAGGCCCAUCUGUCGAGGCAACUCCAAGAGCCGCGCCCUACAUCUUCCUGGCAAUCCUGCUGGCUAGUCGACAGCGAGUGAGCGAUCUGUCUAGCGGUUUCGCAAACCCCUAUCCAAGCUCGUCAUUUGCAACCGCGUACAUCUUGAAAUAUGAGCGACAGGGACGAGAGUGAGCAUUUUGCGAAGAAGCGCUUUAGAGCUUGCGACCAGUGCAGGAGGAGGAAAGUACGAUGCGACGGGUCCGAAGCAGAAGGAACGUCGUGCUCGACCUGCGUAACGUUCAAGAGCAAGUGCACAUACGCUGUGACUACGGAAGGGCGUAAGAGGCGUUAUGUGGACGGCGAAUACGUUAGAGUUUUGGAAUCGGAGGUGACGAGGCUGCGGCUCAUGGUUUGGCAGCUACGAUCAAGACUCGCCGAAAUGGAAAAAUCUCAAGCCGCGAGUGCCUUCAGCCCGGGAAAUACGACGUACUCUCUUUCCAUUCAACCGCCAUCUGCUGCAGACACUCCUGUUAAGCGGGGGAAAGAUGGCGAAGAUGAGGAGCUUGCGGAAGGCUUCAAAUACAUGAGCGUGGAUGAAAAACGCGUCCGCUUCAUGGGCAAGUCUAGCAACUUUCCUCUUAUCAAGGCCGCGAUGAAAAUGAAGCAAGAACUUGCCAACGAUAUCGGCAGCCUGUCGCUUGACGAGGGGUACAGCCCCAUAAUGCUGGCCAACCGGCGCUCGGAAUUCUGGCUAUGUAUCACGGAUUUCGUCCCGCCAGAGCUCCCAUAUACCGAUUUCCCGGAACCCCCGCUCAUGCACGACCUGCUCGAUAACUACUUCCAGGACAUCCACAGAAACUUUCCUUUGCUGCACCGGCCGACGUUCCUGCAGAACAUCGCCUCAGGGCUACACCUCACCGACGAGGGCUUCGGCGCGACGGUGCUGCUUGUGUGUGCCCUCAGCGCACGUUUUUCCAACAAUCACGCUGCGCUCACGCCCGGGUUAGCAAGUUGGCAAUGGGCGGGCUGGCAGUGGUUCCAGCAGGUCCGCGCCGUACGCAAGCUCAUCCCACUCACAACGACGACGCUUUACGACCUUCAGGUCGCCACGCUCACCGCUGAGUACACCGCUACUUUGGCUGUGCCACAGUCGAAUUACGCGAUCAUAGGAUGUGGCCUCCGGCUUGCGCAGGACCUGGGUGCGCACAGACGGAUGGCGUACGAGCGGGAGCCUACAGUCGAGGGUGAGCUGAAGAAGCGUGCAUUUUGGUGCUUAUUGGCGAUGGAAAGAGGCAUGUGUUCCUUUUUGGGGAGACCGUGCAGCGUCCAAGAUGAGGACUUCGAUGUCGACUACCCUAUCGAAUGCGACGACGAGUAUUGGGUGACAGACGGUCCACAAAGUGUGUUCAAACAGCCGGUUGGGCAACCUUCUACCGUUGCACACUUCAACUGCACUCUUAGGCUGGACCGGAUACAUGCGCACGCGCUACGCACCAUUUACUCGCUGCCAGGGGCCAAGAGUCUUUCGGAUCCCGAGCGUGCCCAGCAGAUCGUCGCGGAGCUGGAUUCGGAGCUGAACCAAUGGGUGGACUCGAUCCCUGAGCACCUGAAAUAUGAUCUCAACAGAGAGGACGCCCCCUUUGCAAGCCAAUCCGCCUCACUGUACGCGUCAUACUACAACCUGCGGAUCUUCAUCCACCGGCCGUUCAUCAUGACACCGCGGAGGCGCGUGCCGCUGCCAUUCCCGUCGCUGGCGAUCUGUACGAACGCGGCGCGGUCGUAUAUCCAGGUCCUCGACAGACUCUUCGCCCUGUCGGGACCAGCACUCAUUUUCCAAAACCAUCUGGUAUCGCUGUUCUCGUCUGCGAUCAUCCUGCUCCUGCAUGUGUGGAGCGAGACGCGGUCUGGGUCUGCUACCGACGUCGCGCAGGAGCUUGAGUGUGUCCACAAGGCGCUGCGCAUGUUCAAGGACCUCGAAGAACGGUGGAAUGUCGCUGGUCGUUCCUGGGAUAUCAUCUACAACCUCAUGACCGCCGUCGAAGCAGCGCAGAACAGUAGAGCUCGCGGCGCGCCUGAGUACAGACGAGACGAUGACCCACGAACAGCGGUAAAUCCUUCAAACUAUCCCCAGGACAGCUACAACUAUGCGCCGCCUCCGCGCAUCGAUGGCGCCGGCGGCUCCAGCGAGGCCAUCGGCUCUGACAGCUUCUGGCAAGACCCGCCAACGCAGCAAGAGACAGGUGGACAGGCGCAGUUUGGGUCGCCGUCGCCCCUCAGCAGCGCAUAUACGCCCAGCCCCAACCCAGACCUCGAGGCGAUCUUCGCGGACCUGCUGCCCACGCUGUCGCACGAGGACCCGUUCGCGGCGAUGGCACACGGCCUGCCACAGUACUUUGCGUCAGGCCAGCUUUUCGAGAGUGUCGGGCCUGCGGGCGUAGAAGGCUCCGAAGGGCAGCCGUACGUGCACUCUGGGAGCUUCAUGGACGCGCAGUUUGUAGGUACAGGGAUGCCAUCUGUGUGGGAAUCAGGUGCUCAAGGUAGCUCGUUGUGACAUUGCGUUAGCAGUUGGUGGAGUCACGGAUUUAGCUCGUUACUGUUUAUAUAUUCGUACCACACCGCCCACGCUUUUAAGUUACUGCCCUAGUCUGAGCAUUGAACGCUGAGCAGCGAGUGCUCAUGGAUUUGCGCACGGACGCUAGUAGACAGGUGUACAUUACUCUCUGUAGGUAGCACUUUAAAUUCAGGGAAAAAA